AUGAAGACGAUAACAGAGACGCCGACCAAGAUGAAGACGACUGAGACGAAAACCACUAAGAUGAAGAAGAAGACGUUGAGCGAGCGUGAGUGCACUUAUCCUCCUACAUCAACCCCAUUUAUAAUGACAUGGAUUCACACCCUAUUUGCCAACAAUCAAAUGCGAAUAUUUAUGGAACGAUCAAUGCAAACAAUGGACCAACAUAUCAAAUGCAAUAACAUUACUACUAAUGAAAAAUUUUAUAAACUGGACACUACGACAUUCGCCUGUAUAAUAGUAAUACAUACUUCUGAGACCUUCAAGGGAUUCUGAACGUUCUUUAAUUUUAAGAAAACACAACAAUAAUAAAAAUAAUAAUAAUAAAUAAUAA